AUCACAUCACAAAACUUUCCUAGACCAGCCAAACCCCUCCCGAAGUAAGUUUUCCGAGGAUCGACGUACUUCGGUGAUGGCCGGGCUUCUAGCGUGGGCUGCCGACGUCGUUGGUGGGAGCGGGAUGGGGAACGAGGAAGAAGACGAUGAUAUCCGUUUGCCUUUGUUGAUUUUUACACCGGAGCAGCAGCAGCGCGUGCUGGAACUUGACCGAGCGGCGGCCGCCCUCCGCCGUUCAAUCAAGGAUCUCCGGCUAAGAAUCCCUCCGGAGCACAUUUCUCAGAGGCUUCCCCACCUCCACGCCCAUACCAUGGCCUCAAGCGCUGCCCUAGCUCUGCAACUCAAUGCUCACUCCACCACCCGCGAACAGGCACAAUUAAGAGAGGUCUCUGUCCAAGAUGAAAAUGCUGCAUAUGAAAAGGUUAUAUCAAAUUGCCAGAAGAAAAAUCAAGAAAAACAGAAUGAAUCUAAUGAGCUCCAAACUAGACUGAAGGAGCUAGACUUUAUUGAAAAGGAUUUAAAGGAAAACCUGGAAAAAAUAGAAGCUGAGGUGAGGUCGAGUCAAUCCAUAGUAGCAGAAAGUGGUUCUAACUAUGCCGAACAGGUUGAUCUAUUGGAUGAACAUUUGAAGGGUGUGAAAUCAGAAGAAUUAGAAGAAAAGAAAGCAGAAUUAAAUUCCUUGGACGUGAUGGUUCAGAGAUUAGAGGAAGAAUGGUCUCUUGUGCAAAAUGAAUCUAUUAAGAAACCAUCUCCAGCUCAAAGGGAGAAGGCACUGGAAAAGCAGCUCCAUAGCCUGAUUGAACAAUUGACUGCAAAGCAAGCACAAGCAGAGAAUCUCAUUGUCGAGAUACGCACCAAGAAAAAGGAAUUAGAGAAUCUCAGCAACAUGCAAAUGAAGCUUGACACUAAUUCCACUGAUGUUAGCACCACAAGGAAUCGCUUUAAUAGGGGCAUGACAGGAACGGAUCCAGCUUAUGCUGAUUAUGUUGGAGACUCCUACUGCAGGUCUUCCACUGCAGGCAUCAGAAAAGAAAGCCUGCAAAAGCUUAUGCUUCUAAGGUCUGCAUUUGUUCUGUAUAUUUUAGCCCUCCAUGUAAUUGUUUUUAUAAAAAUCUCCUUUUGAUUUGUCUCUUAUUUCAUGGCAUUCUCUGUAUUUAGUUUCUAUGGUAGAAACUCAUCUUUUUAUCGAGUGGCUAUUUCUUUUGUUCAAUUCUCCAAGUAAUCCUUUAAACCAAUGA